AUGGACCCCUCUUCGUCCUCCGUCCCCGCGGCUGCGGCUGCGGAGGGGGCGCCUCCGGCGGGGGAGAAUCUGGCUGUGUUCUGGCACGAGGGCAUGCUGGCCCACGACGCCGGCCGCGGCGUGUUCGACUCGGGCCGCGACCCGGGCUUCCUCGACGUGCUCGACCACCACCCGGAGAACGCCGACCGCGUCCGCAACAUGGUCUCCAUCCUCCGCCGCGGGCCCAUCGCGCCCUUCCUCUCUUGGCACUCCGGCACCCCCGCCCACGCCAGCGAGCUCAUCUCCUUCCACUCCCCAGAAUACAUUGAGGAGCUCGUGCAGGCAAAUGCCAGUGGACCCAAGAAGUUAUGUGAGGGCACUUUCUUGAACCCUGGUUCAUGGGGUGCUGCGCUUCUGGCUGCCGGAACAACCUUAUCAGCUAUGAGGCACAUACUAGAUGGGCAUGGGAAGAUAGCCUACGCAUUGGUCCGCCCCCCUGGCCAUCACGCGCAACCGGACCAUGCUGACGGUUACUGCUUUCUGAACAAUGCCGGACUUGCGGUGCACCUGGCUUUGGAUUCUGGCCGCGCAAAGGUUGCCGUUGUUGACAUAGACGUGCACUAUGGAAAUGGUACUGCAGAGGGCUUCUAUCGCACGGACAAUGUAUUGACAAUCUCUCUUCACAUGAAGCAUGGUACUUGGGGUCCUUCGCAUCUGCAGAGUGGCUCGUCUGAUGAGAUUGGGGAAGGCAAGGGGCUUGGGUACAAUCUCAAUAUACCUUUGCCUAAUGGCAGUGGGGAUAAAGGCUACGAGUAUGCAAUGAAUGAAUUAGUUGUCCCGGCGAUUGACAAGUUUAAACCUCAGCUUUUGGUUUUUGUCAUUGGCCAAGAUUCUAGCAUGUUUGACCCAAAUGGAAGACAGUGCUUGACCAUGGAUGGCUAUAGGAAAGUUGGACAAAUAAUGAGGAGCCUGGCUAAUCAGCAUAGCGAUGGGCAAAUAUUGAUUGUCCAGGAAGGGGGUUACCACAUCAGUUACUCAGCAUACUGUCUGCAUGCGACACUAGAAGGUGUUCUGAAUCUUGAAGCCCCGUUGCUGGAUGACCCAAUCGCAUAUUAUCCAGAGGAUGAGAAAUACACCAUGAAAGUUGUCGACGUCAUGAAGAAAUGCUGGAAAGAAUCCAUUCCCUUCUUGAAGGACAUUUAG